AAGACUAAGCACUUCCAGGUCACUGCAGUCAGUGUAAAGUCUGUGUCACUGCACUGCAGCAGUGUGUGUGUGUGUGUGUGUGUGUGUGUGUGUGGAGGGGGAGUGUGUUUAUGUGUGUUGUCCCAGCUAAGGCUCACUGCUGUGGGCAGUGUGUGUAACUCUACUCCCCUGCUUUGAGGCCUACAGUGCUGGAGUCCCAGAGCAGCAGAGGCAGGUGUGCAACAGCUCCAUCUCCAUCCUUCUCCACCCAUCUUCUUACACUUCAUUACUGCUGCCCAGCAUGCAGACCAGAACCAAAUGGUGUUUGCUAGCUCUAGGUUUCGGACUGGGCCUGUCCCAGUACCGCUCACACACUCGCUCCCGUCAUGGCGACGGCACCAUCGUCCAUCUGUUUGAAUGGCGCUGGUCUGAUAUCGCUGAUGAAUGUGAGAGAUAUCUGGCUCCCAAUGGGUUUCAAGGAGUGCAGAUUUCUCCUCCCAGUGAGCAUAUUGUGGUUUCCAAACCGCACAGGCCGUGGUGGGAGCGGUACCAGCCUGUCAGCUACAAUCUGUGCUCCAGAUCCGGGACGGAAGGCGAGCUCCGGGACAUGAUCAGCAGAUGCAAUGAUGUUGGGGUGAAGAUCUACGCGGACGUCGUCAUCAAUCACAUGUGCGCGGCGGACGCAGGGGAGGGCGGCCGCUCGACCCGCGGCUCAUACUUCAAUGCCAGCCGAGAGGAGUUCCCAUCUGUGCCCUAUUCCGCCGCCGACUUCAACGAUGACAAAUGCACCAGCGGCAGCGGAAAUAUUGAGAAUUACCAAGACAUUUAUCAGGUGCGUAACUGCCGCCUGCUCGGGCUCCUUGACCUGGCGCAGGAGAAGGAGCAUGUCCGUGGGAAAAUUGUAGACUACUUGAACGCUCUGGUGGACAUGGGCGUGGCUGGAUUUCACGUGGACGCUUGUAAACACAUGUGGCCGAAGGAUCUGAAGGUCAUUUAUGGAAGACUUCACAACCUUAAUCCAAAGUGGUUCCCUGAAGGAUCUAGACCACUGGUUUACCAAGAGGUCAUUGAUCUGGGAGAUGAGCCCAUUAAGGCCAGUGAGUACUACACACUCGGCCUCGUCACCGAAUUCAAAUAUGGCGCCAUGUUGGGUUCGGUUUUCCGCAAAUGGAACGGAUACAAGCUUUCUGACCUCAGAACCUGGGGCGAGGGCUGGGGAUUGAUGCCUUCUGACAGAGCCCUGGUGUUUGUGGAUAACCAUGACAAUCAGAGAGGUCAUGGAGCAGGUGGGGCGUCCAUCCUCACCUUCUGGGAGCCCAGACCGUACAGAGCGGCUGUGGCGUUCAUGCUGGCCCAUCCCUACGGAAUGAGCAGAGUGAUGUCCAGCUACCGCUGGGAUCGGCAUGUUGUGAAUGGACAGGAUGAGAACGACUGGGUCGGACCUCCCAGUUAUCCUGAUGGCUCCACUAAACCAGUUCCCAUUAAUCCAGAUGGGAGCUGUGGAGAUAGAUGGGUCUGCGAACACCGCUGGCCUCAGAUCAGGAACAUGGUCACUUUUCGCAGGAUAGUGAGCGGGCAGCCGUUAUGUAACUGGUGGGACAAUAGAAGCAACCAGAUUGCGUUUGGACGUGGAGAUCGUGGAUUUAUAGUCAUCAAUAAUGAUGAUUGUUGUUUAGAUGUCAGUCUGAGCACUGGUCUGGCUGCUGGGACGUACUGUGAUGUCAUAUCUGGACAGAAGAGAGAUGGGAAGUGUACUGGGAAGCAGAUCACUGUGGACAACAGAGGAAGAGCUCACUUCAUCAUCAGCAGCACAGAUCAGGAUCCUCUCGUCGCCAUACACACACACUCUAAACUCUAAUAUAGUAAAAUAUACACACACACUCUAAACUCUAAUAUAGUAAAAUACACACACACACACUCUAAACUCUAAUAUAGUAAAAUACACACACACUCUAAACUCUAAUAUAGUAAAAUACACACACUCUAAACUCUAAUAUAGUAAAAUACACACACUCUAAACUCUAAUAUAGUAAAAUAUCCACACACACUCUAAACUCUAAUAUAGUAAAAUAUACACACACACUCUAAACUCUAAUAUAGUAAAAUAUACACACACACUCUAAACUCUAAUAUAGUAAAAUAUACACACACACUCUAAACUCUAAUAUAGUAAAAUACACACACACUCUAAACUCUAAUAUAGUAAAAUACACACACACUCUAAACUCUAAUAUAGUAAAAUACACACACACUCUAAACUCUAAUAUAGUAAAAUAUCCACACACACACUCUAAACUCUAAUAUAGUAAAAUACACACACACUCUAAACUCUAAUAUAGUAAAAUACACACACUCUAAACUCUAAUAUAGUAAAAUACACACACACACACUCUAAACUCUAAUAUAGUAAAAUACACACACACACACUCUAAACUCUAAUAUAGUAAAAUACACACACACUCUAAACUCUAAUAUAGUAAAAUACACACACACACACUCUAAACUCUAAUAUAGUAAAAUACACACACACUCUAAACUCUAAUAUAGUAAAAUACACACACUCUAAACUCUAAUAUAGUAAAAUACACACACUCUAAACUCUAAUAUAGUAAAAUAUCCACACACACUCUAAACUCUAAUAUAGUAAAAUAUACACACACACUCUAAACUCUAAUAUAGUAAAAUAUACACACACACUCUAAACUCUAAUAUAGUAAAAUAUACACACACACUCUAAACUCUAAUAUAGUAAAAUACACACACACUCUAAACUCUAAUAUAGUAAAAUACACACACACACUCUAAACUCUAAUAUAGUAAAAUAUACACACACACUCUAAACUCUAAUAUAGUAAAAUACACACACUCUAAACUCUAAUAUAGUAAAAUAUACACACACUCUAAACUCUAAUAUAGUAAAAUAUACACACACACUCUAAACUCUAAUAUAGUAAAAUACACACACACUCUAAACUCUAAUAUAGUAAAAUAUCCACACACACUCUAAACUCUAAUAUAGUAAAAUAUCCACACACACUCUAAACUCUAAUAUAGUAAAAUAUACACACACACUCUAAACUCUAAUAUAGUAAAAUACACACACACUCUAAACUCUAAUAUAGUAAAAUACACACACUCUAAACUCUAAUAUAGUAAAAUACACACACACUCUAAACUCUAAUAUAGUAAAAUACACACACUCUAAACUCUAAUAUAGUAAAAUACACACACACACUCUAAACUCUAAUAUAGUAAAAUACACACACACACACUCUAAACUCUAAUAUAGUAAAAUAUCCACACACACUCUAAACUCUAAUAUAGUAAAAUAUCCACACACACUCUAAACUCUAAUAUAGUAAAAUAUCCACACACACUCUAAACUCUAAUAUAGUAAAAUAUCCACACACACUCUAAACUCUAAUAUAGUAAAAUACACACACACACUCUAAACUCUAAUAUAGUAAAAUAUCCACACACACUCUAAACUCUAAUAUAGUAAAAUAUACACACACACUCUAAACUCUAAUAUAGUAAAAUAUACACACACACUCUAAACUCUAAUAUAGUAAAAUACACACACACACUCUAAACUCUAAUAUAGUAAAAUACACACACACACACUCUAAACUCUAAUAUAGUAAAAUAUCCACACACACUCUAAACUCUAAUAUAGUAAAAUAUCCACACACACUCUAAACUCUAAUAUAGUAAAAUAUCCACACACACUCUAAACUCUAAUAUAGUAAAAUAUCCACACACACUCUAAACUCUAAUAUAGUAAAAUACACACACACACUCUAAACUCUAAUAUAGUAAAAUAUCCACACACACUCUAAACUCUAAUAUAGUAAAAUACACACACACACUCUAAACUCUAAUAUAGUAAAAUACACACACACUCUAAACUCUAAUAUAGUAAAAUAUACACACACUCUAAACUCUAAUAUAGUAAAAUAUCCACACACACUCUAAACUCUAAUAUAGUAAAAUAUCCACACACACUCUAAACUCUAAUAUAGUAAAAUACACACACACACUCUAAACUCUAAUAUAGUAAAAUAUCCACACACACUCUAAACUCUAAUAUAGUAAAAUAUCCACACACACUCUAAACUCUAAUAUAGUAAAAUAUCCACACACACUCUAAACUCUAAUAUAGUAAAAUACACACACACACUCUAAACUCUAAUAUAGUAAAAUAUCCACACACACUCUAAACUCUAAUAUAGUAAAAUAUCCACACACACUCUAAACUCUAAUAUAGUAAAAUACACACACACACUCUAAACUCUAAUAUAGUAAAAUAUCCACACACACUCUAAACUCUAAUAUAGUAAAAUACACACACACACUCUAAACUCUAAUAUAGUAAAAUACACACACACUCUAAACUCUAAUAUAGUAAAAUACACACACACACUCUAAACUCUAAUAUAGUAAAAUAUCCACACACACUCUAAACUCUAAUAUAGUAAAAUAUCCACACACACUCUAAACUCUAAUAUAGUAAAAUAUACACACACACACUCUAAACUCUAAUAUAGUAAAAUAUCCACACACACUCUAAACUCUAAUAUAGUAAAAUACACACACUCUAAACUCUAAUAUAGUAAAAUACACACACUCUAAACUCUAAUAUAGUAAAAUAUCCACACACACUCUAAACUCUAAUAUAGUAAAAUAUCCACACACACUCUAAACUCUAAUAUAGUAAAAUACACACACACUCUAAACUCUAAUAUAGUAAAAUAUACACACACACUCUAAACUCUAAUAUAGUAAAAUAUACACACACACUCUAAACUCUAAUAUAGUAAAAUAUACACACACACACUCUAAACUCUAAUAUAGUAAAAUA